CGAAAGCGAAAGUUGACAGCCGUGUGACAAGAACGCUCUGAUGGUUCUUACAGCUGAAGCUACAAAACAACAGCUAAGAAAAAUAGGUUUAAAAAUCUGGUUUACAAAGAAAUGAUUUACACAAGACAGGAGUAGCAAUCUACGAAAGAAAGAAAUGACUGCAGAUGUGAGAAGAGAUAACACCAAUAAAAUGAAGCACAUUGAUUUAAGAAAAUUAUUUCGUCGGUGACAUAUUCAAGGGACACCGGUUGAUCACGGAAGCAAAACAGAAUGAUCAAAGUGGAGUCCAGAUUAAACGAGAAAAGACCGAUGAUGAAUUGUUGAUAUAAUGAAGAGAUUGUCCCUGGCUUUCAGUAUUGGAGGUGUGGCACUUGCAGUAUUCUGGCGCCAUGGUUUGUUUAGCUAUAUCUCCUUCACAUUGCUCUAUGCAUCGGUCUGCCUUCUUGGUGUGUCGGUCGGAGUGCGAUGGUUCAUUGACAGAAGCCCAUUUUACCGUACAGCAUUACCUCCUCAGACUUCAAGUUUCCUAGGGCUUCUGGUUCAGAAAGUCAAGAAAAAGAAAAUGGCUCUUCUCUCAAAACAGAGGAAAGUGGUGACAUCACAGAACUUGGAUUUGGCUAUUCUUGAAGUAAUCGACCUGUCAAUUAGAGAUUUUGUCAUGACAUGGUAUAAACCUAUUGGUAAAGAUGAUGAGUCAGUAGCACAGUUAAUCAAAUCUGACAUUUGGAUUGUAAUAGAGAAACUGUCUGUUCGUUUGUCAAAAGUUGACAUGGUGAAGUUUAUGACACAGGACCUCAUUAAUGCAUUACACAAUCACUUUAAAGAGAUACGGUUAUCAUCUAAAACGUCAAAAGAAUCAGCCAAUCACAAAUACACAAUUUAUCCCUGGUUGGAGAAUGAAGAAAAGGAGAAAGAAUUCCUUAGAUUUCUAACCAACUCUAUAAUGUUUGUACUUCUACCUACAAACUAUGCUCAUUGUGAUAUUGUUCGACAUUUACUGAGGGAGAUUUUCACUGUAUCUGUUCUGAAGCCUGCCAUUGAUCUGUUAUGUGAUCCGGAAUUUAUCAAUGAACAACUGCGCUCCUAUUUAAGUUACCGCGCCAAAUUGUCAGAAGACACCAGGAAAACCUAUUCUUACGCUGCCACAUAUGAAGAUUUUGUCAAAAUGAUUCAAAACUGUGAAGACAUUGAAUGCCUCAAACAACUUCGAUAUAAUAUCAUAAGUGAAAUUCUGCAAGCUACAACUAUUAACAACUGGAAGAAGUCACAAGGUAUCAGCACAGCUAAAGCUCAUGUACCAAAGAGUAUGGCAAAAGGAGAUCUUUUGAAAGCCAGGAACUUGAAGAUAUACAUCAACCAAUUAACUGUUGCUAAAACGACUUGUGAGAAAAGGAUUCAUGCAAUUGGUGGCCCUGACUAUAAAUGCUAUGGUGAAGGAAGUGUCAGUGAAGAAUUAACUCUUCCUGGUCGGAAAAUUUUUUCAGUGAAAACCGUGAUGGACACACCAGAACUAAGACUUUUCUUUCUGAAGUUUCUUCGUCGAAACAAUACCCAUGCACUUCUAGAGUUUUGGAAUGAUGUUGAAGAGUUAAAGCAAAUUGCCAAGGAUGAACAACGGACGAAGGCAUGUCAGAUCUUACAACAAUACUUCUCUUCAUCUAACAACAAUAUUAUUUUGGAAAAGAAGAUCAUUAAGAUGAUGGAAGCUUUUGUUCUUGGAGACACAGGACUGGAUGGUUUUGCCGAUGGCCAGACCCAGGUUUACCAACUGUUAGAAAAAGAACAUUAUUCAUCUUUCAUAGUCAGUGAUAUUUAUCAUGAAUAUAUAGCUGCUCUGGAAAGUGAACCCUCUGCAAAAUCUCCUCUUGACGAUAGUAUUGAUGGUAAAGAGAGUUUUAGUUCCUUUGAAGUGGGCAAAGAUGUCCUUUUCGCUGAUCAGUCAUAUUCCAUCCAGAAGAAACUUGAGAAACUGGAUGAAAAAAUUGUCAAUAAAAGUCAAGCCCUCGCUACAUUGCUCAGUUCUACCAAAGCUGAUUCUAAGUUUAAAAAAGUUGUUGAUGACUUAAAGAAAGAAUUGGAAACAUUGCAUUGUGAAAAGAACCAAUUUGCUGCUUAUGUUCAACGAACAGAUUUAUGGUGGGAAAACCAGGGCAAGUGGAAGGCUCAAGUGCACAGUGCUGAUAUUGUUUCAGAGGGAGACAAAUUAACUCCUUACUUUGUUAUUGGCGUCGAUGUUGAUGAUUCCGACUCAUUGAUGAAAAGUGAAGGCUGGUCAAUUUCUCGAACAUUGGCUGAUUUUGGUGUUUUGCAUGAAAAGCUCAUCCAGAUUGGUGCAUGGCUGAAAAAGAAGGAACUUCCAAGUACCAAUAAGAUGUGGUUUAAAUCCAUUGGGGAAUCUUUUCUGGAGAAAGCUAAAGAAACUCUCAAUAAUUAUCUCAUUACUGUAAUGAAAGAUGAUCGUAUGGCUCAAAGUGAAGCACUCUUUGAAUUCCUCUCGCCGGCGCCAGACUUCCUCAGUCAGCAGACACAAAACCGAAGCAACUGGAACUUUUCUCUUGGAAAAUUGUUUCGGAAACUCCCUGUUAACUCUGAUACUGAUGCUGAAGAUGAAUUCCUGUUUGUUAACUGUGAAGGUGGUAAAGAGGAACAAAACCGCGAUUCCAUUGCUGAGCCGUUACACCAUUUGAUUAAUGAAAUCUUUGAGCUGCAUGGUCCACUGAAAUGGUUACGGAAAAGCUUCAUAAUAUGUGUUGAAGCAAUGUGUGGAGGCCCCAUUAAUAGACAAUUACGUAUGGCUGUUGACUGGAUGUUCUCUGAUUCGAUGCUAAUUUAUUACAUAAAAACAUUCAAAGACUCUCUUUGGCCCAACGGCAUUCUGGCUGAGCCAUGUCCACCAAAGACAGAAGAGGAAAAAAUGAAAAUCAGAAUGGAAGCAAAAGAGAAAAUUAUUCAAAAUGUACCUGACGUAUUAAAGACAUUGGUCGGUGAUGACAAUGCAAGACAAGGGACCAUUAAAAUAUUUGAAAUUUUACAAGAUGUCCAAUUAAACAAGCAGUUGUUUUAUAAUGUUAUUGAACUUGUCCUACAAGAAGUCUGUCCUGAAUUGAACAUCAAAUUCCCUUCAAAACAUUUUUUCUUAUCAACAGGAGUUGUUCAGUGACUCUUCAUUCUUAUCUGAGUUGUUUGAUAGUCAGUUGCCUCCCUCAACUGUCCCUUCAUUCUGUUUUACUGAUAUCUUCAUUCUGUAGCUCUAAAAGAAAAUAUUUCAUUGGUUUGUAAUAUACAGGGACCACCCUUUGUCUUUUAAUGCUAAUAAUCACCGCGAGAGUGAAUAAGUUUGUAGGAAUAAAUGACCAAAUCUUUGACGUAGGUGUCAAAGGAUAUUAGUUGGAUUAUCUCUCAAUUUUCUAGUUGUCUAUGGUCUGUGUCUUAAUUUUAAAUGUUGCAGUCUGACAGGAGUUUAGUAAACACGGCCCAGUGCUAAUGGCAGAAUAUGAAUCAUUGAUCUUUUACGUUAUAAACUGACAUUCCGUUUGUGAUAGGAGCAUCAAUAAAUAACCAGAGUUUCUUCACCAGCUGUAACUAAUUUGUUUACUCUUUAAGUGGGGAAUAUAAUUCUUCAAUAAUAAAGACCACAAAAAAUGGGGACCAUAAAAAAUUUUAAAUAAAAACAACAGAAGAAGUAUAAUUAAACCUGUAAAAAGCUGGUUUAAUUAGUUGUUUAUUAAUUAAUUAUAUAUGAAAUAGCAUAAUCUUAUCAAUUAUAUGAAUGUAUUUAAUAUUUCUGGGAUGAUUAGUUUGGUAUCAAAACUGAAAUUAGUGAAAGUCUAGUUACUGCUCACAUACUAUUUGUUAUAUUAUUAUUAUUCUUAAAACAUCUCCCAGUUCAAUAUAAGUGAACGAGAUGCUUACAUCUUCGAAGUAUACAUAAAGAAUGUAAUGAGGUUUUAACAUUGAGUGAAUGAAGUUAGUUAUUCAUUCAUUAAUGAAGAUGACACAGUACAGGAUAGUUUGUAUGAGUGAGCAUACCCAGUUGUGAAGAUUGUUUUGAAUGAAAUCAGUGUUUCUCAGGUUGGGGUGUUGUAAUACUUUGGUGGAGCAUGACUUACUCCAGAAUGAGGUGUAAGUUACAAGUGAAUGAACCUUCAAUGUAGUAUUGAUCAAAACAUUUUUUGAAUAUACAUACAUAUAUAUACAGAUACACAUAUAAUUAAUGAGUGCAUGAACAAAACACAUCCAGUAUGUGGUAUUGAUAAUGUUUGUAUUAUUAGAAGUGCUUUUAAUUCAUAUAUGUGUGUGUGUGUAUGUAUAUACAUAUUUGUGUGUGUAUUUAUGUAUAUACAUAUGUGUGUGUGUAUAUAUAUAUAUAUAUAUAUAUAUAUAUAUAUAUAUAUUUGUAUGUAUGUAUGUAUAUAUGUAUUUAUAUAAAUACAGGGUGCGAGGGGUAUUUGAGGACAGUUUUGGUAUACAUUAAAACAACUAUAUUUCAGCACAAAUAAAUAUGUAUUUGAAUAAACAUUUGUGCAAUUAGUUUUGAUAAUGAUUUUUUUUUAGCAAAUUAUUCUAUGAAACCACCUUCAGCUUCAAUGAUUGCUUCAAUGCAGGACUGAAACUGCUGGCAUGCUGACACUAUAUGGUCCUUAUUUAUUUUGGAAAUCAGCUGGACAAUGGUGGCCUUCAGUGAAGCUAUGGUAUUAUGAGGAUGUCAAUUAGUCUGCCUUUCAGCAGCGCUCAACACAUAGUAGUCCAUGGGGUUCAAAUCUGGCGAGUUUGGAGGCCACAUAUUGGGUGUUACAUAAUCGUAAAGAUUGUCUGACAACCAUUCUUGGGUGAAUAGAGCUUUGUGAGAAGGUGCUGAGUCUUGUUGAAACACAUAUGGCUUUUUAUUGCAUACUUCAUUAAUCUAGGGCUUGAUAACAGUUUCCAGUACCUCAAUGUAUCCAGCAGUAUUAAUUCUAAGACCAUGUGGAAAAAAGUGGGGAGGCAUCACAUGACCUUCACUACUCACCACUCCUAAAACCAUCACAGUUGCUGGAAAUUUCGUGUGCAUCACUCUGGGUACUUCAGAAGGAUCUACACGUAACCACCUGUCAUUUCUUCUGUUAGACUUUUGAACUUGGUCAAAGUUUUUUUGUCAUAGAAUAACCAAAGAAUGCCUUGUUCAUGAGGAUUUUUCACUUAUUUGAGUAACCAUUUUGAACGGAUGAGACAGUUUUCCUGUGUCUUUACAGACACAAAUUGGCCUUUCCUCAUUACAUAGGACUAGUAUCGAAUGUCAUGAUGUACCACAGUUCUGAUAGUCCACUCUGACACCCGAAAUUCUUUAGUAAUGAACCUCAUUGAUCUUCUGGGGUUUUCAUCUAUAAUGUUUUAAACAUGUAUAAAUUCUAGUGUCCUUUUAGUGUCUGAGCAUUGUGAAUGCCUUUUUCUCUUUGAUACAGGUGAAAUAUUGCCAUCACAUGCCUCCAAUUCCAACCAAAUUUUGUCUACAAAUGAUUUUGCAACAUUUAGAAAGUUGCCAAUUUCUAAAUCACUGUGGUUUGCAUAUAUAGCAACUAUGACUGCAUGUCUUUUCAUUUCUUGAGUUAGCAUAAUAUCUUGAAAGGGUAAUCUGAAAAAAAAUAUGAUACAUUAAACAAUUUGAAGGUGUAAUGAACUAAAAACGAAAUGUCCUCAAAUCACUCCCACAUCUUGUAUAUAUGUAUGUAUUUAUGUAUAUAUAUGUAUUUAUAUUUAUAUAUGUGUGUGUCUGUAUAUGUUCAUAUUUAUAUGUGCGUAUCUAUGUACAUGUAUGUGUGUGUGAAUAUAUACGUGUGUAUGUAUGGAUGUAUAUAUACCAAUUUAGUCUAGUUAUGAUAGGUGCAUGUUUAUUUUUUAAUCAAAGUGGUUUGUUGUGUAACACCAAAUUAAAUCCAAGUUAAUGAGCUUACAUGGUCAAAACUGGACUAUUGCAAGAUGUCCUGGGUUAUGGGUUAAAGUUAUUUAUUUCUAGUGGAGUUUUAUAUCACCCUAAGCAAGCCACCUAAAUAUGAGUAUUCUAACAAAAGGAUACCACUAGAACAUACUUUUACCAUUCUCACUCAUUGCUUUGCUGGGUAAGUGAUGAACCAAAAGAAGUUCUUCUUGGUUAAAAGAAUUAGGAAUUUUUUUCCUAAGGUACACAACAGUCCACAUGCCAAUGAUAGGGUAUGAACUUAUGAAUUUGAGAUUUGAUUCUUCCUAAACCUUGAGAACCAACUGUUUUAUUCAUUCAUCUCCUGUAGUACAUGAUUAUGAAAGUUGAUUGGUAGUGAUCUGACAUGAAUCUGAUUAAAAAUAUGAAAAUUAAAUUAUUUUGAUAA